UUGCUGCUAGCCGAAACUGAGAAGACUCCCACUGCACUUCAUCGGUGGAAAAAAAAAUAAAAGAAAGGAGGUCUUUUGUCAUAACGAAAAUAUUGUCAGACAGAUCUAAUACCGAGCAGAAGAAAGAUGAAAAAUAUUUCCCUUUCACCAUCAAACAAUUGGUGCCCAAAUACCCAAUUCAGAUUAAAAAAGCAAGUAAACACCAGUCCACUUCAAUUCAUUUUCAACACCAACCCACAAAACGCAUCCGCCAUUACACACCCUUUUCUUUCAUUUUCAGUCAAUCCAUCCAAAAACAACUUGAACCCAAUAACCCACAACCCAAACAAUCCACCACCACUGGUGGUUGUCGGAUCCGCUAAUGCAGAUAUCUAUGUGGAAAUCGACAGAUUGCCCAAGGAAGGUGAGACUAUUUCAGCCAAGAGUGGGCAGACUCUUGCAGGAGGCAAGGGAGCCAACCAGGCUGCAUGUGGCGGCAAGCUUUCAUACCCAACAUACUUUGUGGGGCAGGUUGGAGAAGAUGCCCAUGGAAAGCUGAUCACCGAGGCUUUGCAGGGUGAUUGUGGUGUCCGCAUGGAUUAUGUGAAGAGUUUGACUGGUGUGCCCACUGGGCAUGCUGUGGUGAUGCUACAGUCUGAUGGGCAGAACUCUAUUAUCAUUGUUGGUGGGGCAAACAUGAGCUCUUGGCCUGAGCAGUUCUCUGAUGAGGAUCUGGAGGUUGUGAGAAAAGCUGGCAUUGUUUUGCUCCAGAGAGAGGUCCCUGAUUCCGUCAAUAUUCAAGUUGCGGAGGCUGCAAGGAAUGUUGGUGUUCCAGUAAUUUUAGAUGCUGGAGGAAUGGAUGCACCAGUGCCUCAAGAAUUGUUGAAUUUCAUUGACAUCUUAAGCCCCAAUGAAUCUGAACUUGGCCGCUUGACUGGACUGCCAACUGAGAGUUUCGAACAGAUCAGUGAAGCUGUGGCAAAAUGCCAUCACAUGGGUGUUAAGCAAGUGCUAGUGAAACUUGGAGCAAAAGGGUCAGCUCUAUUUGUAGAAGGACAAAAACCAAUUCGGCAACCUAUUAUAUCAGCAGCAAGAGUUCUAGAUACUACCGGAGCUGGUGACACUUUUACAGCAGCUUUUGCUGUGGCUCUAGUGGAGGGCAAGUCGAAAGAGGAAUGUUUGAGAUUUGCUGCUGCAGCUGCUUCUCUUUGUGUUCAAGUGAAGGGAGCCAUUCCUAGCAUGCCUAAUCGGAGAUCGGUAUUGGAUCUUCUUGUUCAGUCUGCUUGAGUUUUUCCUAAACCGAAUAAAGAUUCGUUUUACAUAUAGAUGAAAAUCAAACAUCUCUACUUAAUUGUUCAUAGAAGCCUGUUGACUAUGUAGAUUGAUGAGAACAGUGAGAUUAAAUAAUUUGUUCUUUUCAGUAGCUUUCCUGCUUGUUCUGCUGAAAAUAAGUCUGGUAAUCUCGAGAUUAAAUUAGGUUUAAAUAUAUCGGAUUACUGCAUUGUCAUAA